UUAAGAAAAUAUUUUGCCUUGAUGAUCAUUUCUCAAUACCUCCUCAGCCCAGGAGCCUCAGAAGCCCCUACGAGGCCAGCUCUCCAUCUACAGCAGCUCCCCACCAGGAGGAUAAAGCUCUCCCUCAUCAGGAGGAUGAAAGUCUCUGUGGCUACUAUCUCCCUCUUCCUCCUCAUCAUCAUCACCUGCACCCUGGAGUCCAAAACUGAAUUAUCCUCACGAGGACCUUACCAUCCAGCUGAGUGCUGCUUCAGGUACAUUACCCGAGCAAUCCCACGUCACCGGAUCACAGAUUAUUUUGAGACCAGCAGCCAGUGCUCCAGGGCUGGAAUUAUCUUCAUCACCAAAAAUGGCCAUUCCAUAUGUGCCAACCCCAGUGAUGACUGGGUCCAGGACUACAUCAAGGACUUGAGGAGAAAUGAGUGACCCAGAUGUAGUGGAGGAGGGAGCAGCCAGCCAUCUUAAAGGGAAGAGGCCACAGCUCCCCUCUUAGCUGCAGCCCUCAGCCCCAGUCACCUCUUGGGAGCUGCCUUGCCUUGAAUUAAAGACCUUGAAUUUCA